AUGUACGCCAUGGCCAACCCGAGCCAGGGCCUCCAAGGCCACGGUGACUUGCGGAGGGGGCAAGCGCUGCGGUGCUCCUUUUACUCGAGCCUCGCGAUCGGAGCUCUCAUGCUGGGUUACCCCUCGGAUCAGGUGUCCCGGUACAUGGAGUCCGCCCAGCUUUGCAGGGAGCAGUGCCGCUACCUCGUGGACCGCUUGGCGGUUUCGGCCCUGGUUCUCUAUUCCGUCGCGAGCGCCUUCUUGGGGCAGGCGGCGGCGUGUCGCCAGGGCAUGGAAGAGGCGCGAGCUCUGUCCAGCCGCUCGCCGGACGUCGACCGGGUCAUGUCAUCGUACUUGAGAUUGCAGCGCUUGACGGAGGGCUUGCGGUCGCUUACGGCGGACAUGCUGGACGGCGACAACCCCAUCGAUGCCGUGCGGGGACCGGGAGGCGAAGGGUUGGUGAUAGAGGUCGAGACGCCGAGAGGGAGACACGUCUGCGACCUCAUCGAGGACGGCCGGAGCAACAAUUUUUCGUUCUCACCGACCAUGUCCGCCCACCCCAGUCUCGUAGUCUCGGACGGUCUGUUCCUCACCCUCCGGUACUACACGACCGUCCUUGAGGACGGAACCCCGGCCUUGACGCAUGUGCACGGCUACCUGACUUCGGAGCUCGACCACCUCGUCCUGGCGGGGGCGGGGGCGGUGGUGUUGGUAUUGUUGUCAGGCUUGCUCAUGGCGGUGAAAGCACGGCUCUCACGGGCGGACGGCCUGCUUCCCCUCGCCGAGCUCACGCUCAACCAUUUCCACACACUGCCAGGCUUAGCAAGGUACGACACCCGGCUGUGCAUCUACCCCGCCCUGGCCGUGUUUCGACUGUACGGGAAAUGUGAGGAGUAUUGCUCCCUCCGGCAGAUUGCCGGUGCAGCUAGUCAAGAUUACGUGCCCACGUUCGAUGAGUGCCGCCCGGGGAAUCCGCUGUGCCCGCAUGAUGUGGUCGUCGCGCAUGCUGAAAAGAUCCUCACGUUGGGCGCAUAGGGCGGCUUUGCGGCGCUGGAUAGACGGUUGCCGCGUCAUGGCGUGAGUGUCGAAUGAAAGCACGCCAUGCAUUGAAAGUGAGGUCGAUGUGGUGAUUGAUUGGUGUGAGUGGCAGUAAUUGUGUUAUUUUCAGUGACCAAAGCGUUCAAGUGUAUCGAUGUCGAACUUACUGCGCUGGCAUCAUGGUCGAGACUCAACGGGAUACGGU